AUGUCCGACCCGAAUCAACCUUCCAUCAUGACGGCCUUUAAGAAGAAACGCCCGAGUAACGGAGGAACAGCGACCACAGACAGGAAGAAUACGCAGGCACCUGCGACCAAAUCAUCGUCCUUCACAACAGUCGCGGGCAAGAGAGACUCAUCCCCAACACCCACCCCAGUACCAGCCUCCGCUCAGCACAAGAUGAGCUCACCAACCGCCACCGCCGAGAUGAGCACAAAACUUCAAGUCACCGAAUCCAUCGGCGACAUCUUCUCAGCCCCAAACAACAGCCUCCUGAUCCAUGGCUGUAAUUGUCAAGCCUCCUGGAGCGCAGGAAUCGCAAAAGCCUUCAAAGACCACUACCCGAAGGCCUUUCAGAAAAAGUGGACGCCAGACCAACUCUUUGGUACUGCACAGCUCAUCACACCACCGAACUCUGCUUUUCCGAACAGUAAUGCGACUCCCAGUGCACCGACGAACGACGAGGACGAAGGCUUCGCAGACGACGAUGCGGAUGAAGCAGGAGACCCAGAGACGCACUUCGUCGGAUGCCUCUAUACAUCCCGUCGGUACGGCAAAGGUAAAGACACGCCUAAACGGAUUCUGGAAGCGACUAAGCCGGCGAUGGAGGAUCUGUUGCGCAAGGUCAAGGAGUGGAACGAUUCGGUGGAUGAGAAUCGCAAGAUGAAGGAGGUGCGAAUGUGCAAAAUCAAUUCCGGCCUUUUCAAUGUCCCGUGGGAGAAAACAAAGGAGGUGCUAGAGAGUAUUGAGGUCGAAGAGGGUGGGGUGGCGGAGGUGAAAGUUAUCUCGCUGGAGUGA